AUGGAAUCAGGAGGUGCUCUCGACAUCAUCUCGACUCUUUCGGACUUUCUCCUCGUGCUCAUCAUCUCCAAUCUGUCGUUCAAGGAAGCUCUCAGGACCAGCCUUUUGUCUAGACGUUGGAGACUCAUUUGUCGCGAGACGAGGAAUGUGUCAUUUCAAGAGGCUGUGAUUACUCAAACCUAUCCGGCGUGGGUUGACGAAUUUGAUAAACGAGCGGAGUUCGUUAAUUACGCCUUGAAUUGGGUAUCCAAUUUCACGGGUGGGAUCGUUGAUACGUUCGAACUCUCCUUUCACAGGCCGAUUGGUUAUGAUGUGGAGGUGAAGACCUUCAUAAAUUUCGCAGCCGCUAAGCAUGUCAAGAAUCUCGUUCUUGAUUUCUCUGACCGGCUUUGGGUGAACAGAGAUGAAGUAGCAGCAUCGUUUGAAGAUACCAUGAUUCAAUUGCCGGAGAGUUUCUACCAUUUAACCGAACUCGUCAAGCUGAAACUGCUCGCUUGUCGCUUUGAUGCGUCAAGGCUGGCAGUAGCGGGUAAAGUACAGUUUCUCUACUUCGGGUGGAUGUCACUUGCCAUGAUCACGUCUUUGUUACCAAAGGCACCGCUUCUAGAAUGUCUCCAGAUUAAAAAUUGCUGGAACGUUGGUCUAGGAGCAAUAACCGGAGUUAACAACCGGUUAAUGAAGCUGGUGUUGAAGAACAGUGUCUUCGCAGUGCAGACUACUUCACUUGACCUGCCAAGCAUUCUGAUCUUCAAGUAUGCUGGUAGACUUCAUUGGUUUACGUUGAGAAACGUGAACAGAGGGAUGGAUGAAGUGUCGCUGGAUUUUGGGCAUGAGAGCCAAUACCAUGCUGGCUUAGGAAGAAAUUUUUGUGACCUCCUCUGCAGUUUGGCAACAGCUAAGGCAGUUACCAUCUGUCAAUUCUGCAUUCAAAUGAUCCAGGAUAAUGUCAACCCGUCUAAACUUAGAGCAGAUAUGGAAACGAGGCGACUGGUGCUGAUGACGAGCCUCCGACCGCGUGAGUUCGUCGGAAUCAGGUGCAUGAUCAAGAGCUGUCCAUAUCUGGAAACGCUGACUUUUCAGCUCGUUGUUGGAACCCCUGUCCAAAUGGAGAGAGUGCAGAUCGAUGCAAGCACAUUUUGGCUGGAAGGAAUUUUGCACCCGUGCUUGAAGAACACACUCAAAAAUUUAGAAGUUUGGAACUUCUGUGGAGAAAGACAUGAGAUGGAGCUCUUGAAGAAUAUGAUUCGCAUGUCUCGUGUGCUGGAACGGGUGGAUUUAUAUAAACCAAUGAGACUUGGCGCUACCCACCUCAACCGUAUCCAGGCAAGGGCCGACCAUGUGGGGACACAGUUCGAGGCAGGUUCGGCGAAUCUAGUGAUAUCUCUGCACUAA